AUGAACACCAGCUGUCGUGCCACCCGAGGGGAGCGCGAAGGCCGAGAGACUGUCAGGUUGCCGAAGCUUAGACAGGAGCAUGGUUCGAACCCAGGACCCUCUGUUAGCGGCGCUCAUGCACCCAAAUCGGUAGCUACCCGGAUUUCCGAACAAACUGAACAUGCCUCCGCCUCCAAGGCUUGGUUGUAUACUCCACUUUUCCGUUUUCCGGUGAUCGAAACUGUAGCAGCUGGAACCAAUGUACCUAUGGCACAUGGCUUAUAG